AAAAAAAAAACCCUCGCCCCUUCGGCGGGGCGGGUGUGGACGCCUGCGGCCCGGGGCGAGCCCGGCGCCCGGCGCGCGGGGAUGGGGGUCACGGUGGACGUGCGCCAGGUGUACAAGUACCCCUUCGAGCAGGUGGUCGCCAGCUUCCUCCGAAAGAAGAAGAUUAGGUACGACACGAAGCAGAAUGGUGCAAACGGGAAGAGUACGGGCUCUGACAUCAGCCGGGGGGACCGAGUGCUUCUAGCUGUCUGAGAGGAGUAGUCUGCAGAAACCUUUACCAACUUGGAGUAAUAAAGAGAAGAAAGAACAGGAAUAAAGUAUCCCAACCCCAUGGAUAAAAAUGUCAUCUCUGUAAUAACUGUGGAGGAAAAAAGAGAUGUGUCAACAGGGAUCAUCUAUAGAAAGAGGAUUGCAGUCUGUCAGAAUGUGGUUCCAGAAAUUUUAAGGAAGGUGAGCAUUUUAAAGGUACCUAGUAUCCAGUUGGAAGAGGAAUCGUGGCUCAAUCCUCAGGAAAGAAACAUGGCUAUACGGAGUCACUGCCUUACAUGGACACAGUAUGCAUCCAUGAAGGAAGAGUCUGUCUUCCGGGAAAGUGUGGAAAAUCCAAACUGGACAGAGUUCAUUCAGAGAGGCAGAAUUUCAAUUACAGGGGCUGGCUUUCUCAACUGCAUUUUGGAGACUUUUGCCAGCACAUUCUUAAGACAGGGAGCCCAGAGGGGAAUUAGAAUAAUGGAGAUGCUGCUAAAGGAACAGUGUGGUGCCCCCUUAGCUGAAUAAAGAAUCCGCAGGGACCUGUGUUGUCCUAAUUUGCUCAAGAAUCACUUCUUGGCCCCAACACAUCACUGAUGCAGUUUUUGAAAUCCAACUUUAAGGAUACACUGUUGGCAGCUUCAAGAAGAGGAGACCCUCCUUCCAGGACAUGAAAUGAUACACUCCCCUGGGAGCCUGCCUCAGAUAGUGGCACUCAUGGACAUGAGACCUGCUAGCUGGGUUUUUAUGGCAUAGUCUCUUUAUGAUUUACAAAUAAAGGAAAAAAAAA